AUGAUAAAGAAGAAAGAUAUAAUACUACUCAAGCAAUUCUUAAAUUAAGAAAAUCAUCCAUAUUUCAAAUACACAAUUAAAUAAAGAAUACUUCAGAUUUUUCAAUAAAUCUUUAAAGAUCAAGAUAUCAGUCAUGUCUAAGUUAUUAUUAAUUCUAUUUUACAUAUUUAAUGGAGUUUAGGAGAUGAAAUUAUCAAUACUCAAUUUAAUAUAUAAAAUUAGAAUUGUUUAAACUCCAAAUAUAAAUGGAAAAUGAUUAAAUUUUAUGAUAAUUAAAAAAUCACUAAUCUUUCUCAACUUAAAAAACAACAGAUAUUUUUUCAAAUUAAAUAAUUAUAAAAAUGUUUAACUAAAAAAUCUGAUUUAGAAAUUUUAAAUAAAAUUAUUAAUCAAAUAAGACUUGAUCUACGGAGUAUAUAUGAAGAAUACUCUCCGAUUUGUGAUGUGCAUCCAAUUUCAUUUAUUAAUUCAACUUCAGUUGAUGAAACAUUAUAGUAUCAAGAAAAAUUAGAUAAAAUAAUUGUCUCAUAAGAGGUAUGAAUAAAUCUCUAUUAUUAAGAAUUCUGAGUUCGAUAAUGAUAAAUUUGAAUAAUUAUUAAAUAAGAAGAAAAUUGAAAAAAGAACUUAUUAAAAAAAAUUUAAUUUUGGUUUCCAAUUUCAUCUCAAAUCAAUGAAGUUUAAUUUUCAAAAUAUUUGGAUAUCUUUUACAAUCUAAAUUAAAAAGAAAAUGUCAUAAUUGUAAACAAUAAAAAUUAUUUAUAUCAUAAAAUUACUGGUUUUCACCUAAUAACUAUGUUGCAGGAAAAAAACUAUUAAGAAGAUGAUAAGAAAUAUAAUUACAAUUCAAUGAAAAAUCAACAAAGACAUCAAAAUAAUAAUGAUCAACUAAAAAAAGCUAGAUAGUUAUUGAAAUAGAAUAUAGAGAAAGAAAUUAAGUAGCAGCAGUAAUUGUCAUUAUAGAAUGAAUAAGAUCACUAAACCAAUAUGAUUUUAGAUUUUCUGUGGGCAAAAGAAGAAACUAUUAAUUUUGAUAAGAUUAAAAAGUUGGAGUAAUUUCUCAAAAAUACUUAAAACCAAUAUUUAACAAUGAUAGUGGAAUAUAAUUUGAAAUAUUUUAAUAAAUAAUUUCUAAUAAACAAUACAAUUUUCAUUGAUUUGGAAAUUAAUAUCAAAAUUCAUUUUUUAAUAUGA